AUGUUGGAGGACUAUACGCAGUUCCCCGACCUACCAAGCCGACUUCCUCGCACAGUGGAGGACAGUAUUGAAGCUACUACCAUGCUGGGUUUUCAGUUUCUAUGGGUCGACCGAUAUUGUAUCAAUCAGGCAGAUCAUGAUGUUCAACGACAGCAGAUCCAACAGAUGGGACUCAUUUACUCUUCAGCUCAGAUCACUUUGAUCGCAGCGUUCGGUUCAGACGCUGAUUCCGGUCUACCAGGCGUCACACGUGACCGCCAGCGUUGGAAACUCCUCACACAUGCUGUUACCGAUCGUCUACUGCUAGUCAUAAAAUUGCCGCCUAAGAUAAGGGGAGCACGUCAGAUUGUCGCAGCGUCAACUUGGUUCUCGAGAGCGUGGACUUUUCAGGAAGGUUAUCUCUCUCGAAAACGGAUAUAUUUCUUAGAAGACCAAGACUUAUACCUUUGCGAUGAAGAUUCGGGAGUGAACAUGACAGGAGAGCUUACAGAUCAACUUGCUGCGUCCCUGCCGAAUUCUGCCGAGAUACAAAACCGAGUGGGAGCAAUCAUGCGUGAAUAUACGCGACGCCAACUCACCUAUGAUUCAGACGCGCUCAACGCUAUCUUGGGUGCCCUUGGAACCCUGGAGAGAACUGAUCAUAUCUGGGGGGUGAGUCUUGCACGGGGAGAGGAUAUACGGAGCUAUAAAGUACCUGAGGUAGGCAUGGCUUUGGAUUGGGAGCACCUACUGCCAUGUUCGCGACGCAAAGGCUUCCCAAGCUGGUCACCCCUUGGUUGGCGCGGCACUGUCAAUCAUUGCGCUUUUGUCCCAAGCGUUUCAUCAACAUGCUCCGUCGAGCUCUGGUACGACGGAGAGUUCAAACUACCUUGCAAAGCCUUUGGCAGGCUAGCCGAACGUUCAAGUGAUUUACUAGAGGAUUCGAAGCUCCUUAAACUGACAGCCACCGUGCUGAGGUUAGAUCUGGAGCACCUGGAAGACGGCCACACAAACACAGCCGGCUUAUAUGUCAAGGUUCCGUAUAGUCAUGAGAUCGACCUAUUUGUGUGGCCAUCAUGGGACGUCGACUAUAAGAGCAAAAGGAGUCUCAACAAGGCUAGGAUGCGAUUGCCAUGUGUCGUCAUCCUGCAACAUCCGGAUGACUCAUGUCUCGAGAGAGUCACACAUGAAGGCAAACGAAUCUUUGAAGAAAGAUCGGUGUUGUUCAUAUUGCAGAACCAUGGUAGUCACUAUGAGCGUAUCGGGCGUUUCUCCAUGCAAAACCAUAAACGAGGCAGUGUGUUUGCCCGUGAUAAGCAAGGCAGGCCCGUGGAACUUACCUUUCCCUAUGACGCUGAUCUCCAUAGAUAUCGCGACGCUACAUCCUGGAUGGAAAGCGGUGUGAGGGAUACAUUCCUCCUAGGUUAG